AAUAUGCCCAUCAAAUAUCUCACCUCACAUCCUAACCCUCUGCUUUUCCUAUGCAAAUAUAAAUAUCUCCCCCUUCCCAAUAUCGCACGCUCGCAAUCUCUUUCUUCUCUUUCACAAAACGCACCGUUUCAAUCACCCCAUGGAGACUUUCUUUUCCACGCCGAUUCUCGACGAGGAGUCGCCCGGUCUCUUGAAGACGAUUUCGGAGCACGGCGGCUACGCCUACGUCCGCAUGGUUGCGCAGGCCGUGCUUGGAGACACACGAGCGGCGGAGGCUGCGCUUGAGAUGGCGUGGGAGCAGCUGCACUCCGGCCCAUGGCACUCCGUACUGCCGGUGUGGCGGGAUGCCUACUCGAUGGCGUGCCUGCACGUAGCGAAACAUCAUUGCGGCAAUGGGGAGUUCAAGGAGGCUCUCAGAGUUUUGGAUAUGGGAGUGAUCAUGGGAGGGCCGCUAUUGAGGAAGGAUUUGGACUCAGCUAUUGAAACGGUGUCGUUUUCGGCUAGAGGAGAAGGUGAAAAUGGUGAGCGCUCGGAAGCGUCGUCGGAGAAUGGACGGAGAUUAGUCUCCGAGGUGGAGUUUGAUAAAGCUGAGCUGCUUCAAAUUUUGCCGAAUAGGUCCUUAUCUUGUAAGGAUGUAGCGAAGAGUUCAGCUUUAUCUCUGGAGGGAUUUCUGUGUGAGUACUUCCUCUCAGGUUUUCCAGUUAUAAUUACUGAUUGUAUGGCGCACUGGCCAGCCAGGGCGAAGUGGAAUGAUAUUGAUUACUUGAAAAGAGUUGCUGGUGACAGUACAGUCCCAGUUGAGGUGGGAAAAAACUAUUUAUGCCCAGAGUGGAAGCAAGAGCUUAUCCCAUUUUCGCAAUUUCUUGAGGGGAUUCAAUCAACUGGCAAUUCUUCCAAUGUGCCUACAUAUCUUGCUCAGCAUCCGUUAUUUGAUCAGAUUACUGAACUACGCAAAGACAUUUAUGUUCCUGAUUACUGUUUUGCUGGGAGAGGGGAGCUGAGGUCUGUAAAUGCUUGGUUCGGUCCAGUGGGGACAGUAACACCUCUGCAUCAUGAUCCACACCAUAAUAUACUUGCUCAGGUUGUUGGUAAAAAAUAUGUAAGGCUUUACCCUGCUUCAUUGUCAGAGGAACUUUACCCGUACACGGAAACCAUGCUUUGCAAUUCCAGCCAGGUUGAUCUAGACCACAUAGAUGACACAAAAUUUCCGAAGGUGCAUGAGCUAGAAUUUUUUGACUGCAUUCUAAAUGAAGGUGAAAUGAUAUACAUCCCGCCAAAAUGGUGGCACUAUGUGCGCUCUCUUUCCACAAGUUUGUCUGUCAGCUUUUGGUGGGACACUGACACCGGAAGUUCAACCUCCUCCUGAUACGGUCUCAACCUUUUGGCUUUGUUGAUUCAACUAAAUCUCAGUAUGUUUGCAAGCUUCAGCGUGCACUGUAUGGCUUAAUGCAGACCUGUGCCUAGAGCCAUUGGCUUCAGUAUACACUUCUCCAAUGGGUGUAUGUUGUUUAAGGUUUGACUCUUAAUUUUCAUCAAUAAUCAGGCUGACAUUCUCAAUUAUACUUGUCUAUGUUGAUGAUAAGUCUCGUUGACUAGGAAUUCAAUAUCUAAGCUUAUGUCGUUGAUCACUUUCCUUAUAAGGCAUUUGCCUUAAAAGAUUUGGGACCUCGAAAAUAUAUUUUAGGAAUUGAAGCAAAACUGCAUGGUUUUGUUUUA